CUAAAGAUCCAGCUUCAUGAGACGGAACGCUAGCACACGACCACUCUCUCACUGACGCCCUUGAUCUCUGUCCCCCUCGAUCUUGACCGUCCAAAUUAUUCGCAUGCAAAUUUUCUCCCAUCUGACUACCCAGCCGUCGUCAAGCUCGGCCAGUCCACCGCCGACGACGCGAUCCGUUGUUCCUGUGAGCGAGGAAAAGAAAUCGACGGCGGAAUGAGAGCUGUCGUAGCGGCGGCGGCGGUCGUGGUGGCGUUUCUGGCGACAGUGGCGGCGGCUGGUAACGAGAAUCACGUCUUCACCCCCUGCGCCGAUUCCAAGAUCCAGCGGCGGGAUGGGUUCACCUUCGGCCUCGCCUUAGACAAUCGCGAGUCGUUCUACUCCAACGGCGCCCAGUUGUCGCCCUGCGACAGUCGCCUCUCCCUUUCCUCCGGUAAUGCUCAGAUCGCGGUGUUCCGCCCCAAGGUCGACGAGAUCUCCAUCUUGACUAUCAACACCAGCAAUAGCCCGUCGGUUGCCAAUGGGGGAUUCAUGGUUGCAUUUGCCGGCCGGAAAUAUGCAGCUCGUUCCAUUCCCAUUUUUAUUGGUAACAGCACUUAUGCAGUAACCAGCUUUACUCUGGUUCUUGAAUUCAAGAAGGGCAGACUCCAGAACCUGUACUGGAAGCGAGAUGGUUGCAAUUCUUGUUCGAACGCAAAGUCAGCUUUUGUUUGCCUCAACAAUCAAGUUUGUGCAAUCAAGACAUCUAGCUGCAAACCCCAGGGUGCUGUCGACUGCAGCAUAGGUAUACAACUGGCCUUUUCAGGUACUGAUAAGCACCAAGCCGUUCUCAAUUCAUGGUACGAGGUGUCCAAUCUGAAGCAGUACUCUCUCUUCGGAUUGUACUCGAACCUCAGGGAUUCUCUCACCAGCCAGUAUAACAAAUUCUUCUAAGGUCUCUUCUGAUGUGAAUAGUUGGCUCCUGGACUCUACUAUUCUGCAAGCUUGUUCUAUUGCGUGGGUUUUGAUUAGUGACUGUGUCUGUCCAUCGGAUUUGUUUUAUUGCUACUUCAUGUUCAGAGCCCGUGGUCGAUUGUUUAGUUUCUUGUUGACUGAGGAGUGCAUUUAUCCUUUUCUCUUGUGUAAUUGUGAUUCUCAGAUUUUAGUCGUACGUGUGCUUUUACUUGCUCAUCCA